UUCAGUUCUGUGAAGAAUUUAAAGAAAAAUGCCCCAUCUGUGUCCACUGUGGCCUGAGGCUGGCUGAGAAAACCCAGAUUGCCAUUGUCAGGCAUUUUGGCCUUCAGAUCCUGGAACACGUUGUCAAGUUUCGGUGGAACAGCAUGACUCGGCUGGAGAAGUUCUUUCUGAAGACCAGCGUCAUGGAGCUGAUUGCAAACGGAACAUUAAACAUUUUGGAAGAGGAAAACCAUAUUAAAGAUGUGCUGUCUCGAAUUGUAGUGGAAAUGAUCAAGCGAGAGUGGCCCCAGCACUGGCCGGACAUGCUGGUGGAAUUGGAUACACUUUCCAAACAAGGGGAAACACAGACAGAAUUAGUGAUGUUCAUUCUUUUGCGACUGGCAGAAGACGUGGUGACCUUUCAGACACUUCCCCCUCAGAGAAGAAGGGACAUCCAGCAAACACUCACCCAGAACAUGGAAAGGAUCUUCAGUUACCUGCUUAACACCCUUCAAGAGAAUUUAAACAAGUACCAGCAAGUGAAGACAGACGCUGCUCAGGAGUCUAAGGCCCAAGCAAACUAUCGCGUCGGAGUGGCGGCCCUGAAUACUCUAGCCGGCUACAUUGACUGGGUGUCCAUGAAUCACAUCACUGCUGAAAACUGUAAACUGCUGGAGAUGCUGUGUCUGCUUCUGAAUGAACAGGAACUGCAGUUGGGAGCAGCCGAGUGUCUGCUCAUUGCAGUCAGCAGAAAAGGCAAGUUGGAAGACCGGAAGCCCUUGAUGGUCUUGUUUGGAGAUGUGGCCAUGCACUACAUACUUUCUGCUGCACAAACUGCUGACGGAGGAGGCCUGGUAGAGAAACACUACGUCUUCCUGAAGAGGCUCUGUCAGGUGUUGUGUGCUCUGGGCAAUCAACUGUGUGCACUGCUGGGUGUAGAUUCUGAUGUAAAGACCCCAGAAAACUUUGGAAAAUACCUAGAGUCCUUUCUUGCUUUCACAAUCCAUCCAAGUCAGUUUCUACGUUCUUCAACACAAAUGACUUGGGGAGCCCUGUUCAGACAUGAGAUUCUGUCCCGCGACGCUUUGCUGUUAGCAAUAAUACCAAAAUAUCUUCGGGCGUCUAUGACUAACUUGCUGAAGAUGGGCUUUCCUUCUAAAACAGACAGUCCCAGCUGUGAGUACUCCAGGUGUGAUUUUGACAGUGAUGAGGACUUCAACGCUUUCUUCAACUCCUCCCGGGCCCAACAAGGAGAGGUGAUGAGGUUGGCAUGUCGUUUGGAUCCCAAGACUAGUUUCCAGAUGGCUGGGGAGUGGCUGAAGUACCAGCUCUCAACCUCGGUGGAUGCUGGGCCCACGAACGCCGGCACCGGAGAGGGCAGCCUCUGCUCCAUCUUCUCCCCCUCAUUCGUGCAGUGGGAAGCCAUGACCUUCUUUUUGGAAUGUGUGGUCAACCAGAUGUUUCGAACCCUAGAGAAAGAGGAAGUUCCUGUGACUGAAGGCAUAGAGCUGCUGCAGAUGGUCCUCAACUGUGACACCAAGGACCCCCUCAUCCUGUCCUGUGUCCUCACCAAUGUCUCAGCCCUCUUUCCCUUUGUCACCUACAGACCAGAGUUCCUGCCCCAGGUCUUCUCCAAGCUGUUUUCAGCUGUCACUUUUGAAACUGUCGAAGAAAGUAAGCCCCCGAGAACGCGGGCAGUGAGGAAUGUGCGGAGGCACGCCUGCUCCUCCAUCAUCAAGGUGUGCCGUGACUACCCCCAGCUGGUGCUGCCCAAUUUUGACAUGCUUUAUAACCACGUGAAGCAACUCCUCUCCAACGAGCUGCUCCUGACGCAGAUGGAGAAGUGUGCCCUCAUGGAAGCCCUUGUGCUUGUUAGCAACCAGUUCAAGAACUAUGAGCGGCAGAAGGCCUUCUUAGAGGAGCUGAUGGCGCCAGUGGCCAAUAUCUGGCUCUCUGAAGACAUGCACAGAGUGCUGGCAGACGUUGACGCCUUUCUCGCCUAUGUGGGUGCGGAUCGGAAAAGCUGUGACCCGGACCUGGAGGAUCCCUGUGGCCUGAACCGAGCUCGGAUGCGUUUUUGUGUGUAUAGCAUUCUGGGCGUCAUAAAGCGAACUUGCUGGCCCAGCGACUUAGAAGAGGCCAAAGCUGGGGGGUUUGUGGUGGGUUAUACACCCAGUGGAAAUCCAAUCUUCCGGAACCCCUGCACAGAGCAAAUUCUGAAACUUCUUGACAAUUUGCUUGCCCUUAUCAGGACCCACAAUACUCUCUAUGCACCAGAAAUGCUAGCCAAAAUGGCAGAGCCUUUCACAAAGGCUUUGGAUAUGUUUGAAGCAGAAAAGUCUGCUAUAUUAGGAUUACCUCAGCCCCUCUUGGAACUCAACGACACUGCAGUGUACAAAACCGUCCUGGAAAGAAUGCAGCGUUUCUUCUGCACCCUCUAUGAAAACUGUGCUGCGCCAUGCGUCUUCGUGAAGCCUCUGGUGCUCUGCUGCCCCCCGGAGUUCUGUGAAGCCCUGGUGUCGCCCAUCCUUGGCCCUCUCUUUACUUACCUGCACAUGCGGCUGUCCCAGAAAUGGCAAGUCAUCAACCAGAGGAGCUUGCUGUGUGGAGAAGAUGAGGCUGCAGAUGAAAACCCCGAGUCUCAAGAGAUGUUGGAGGAGCAGCUGGUGAGGAUGCUAACCCGAGAGGUCAUGGAUCUCAUCACUGUUUGCUGUGUUUCCAAGAAAGGUGCGGACCACACAGCUGUCCCCGCUGCAGAUGGAGAUGAUGAAGAGAUGAUGGCCACAGAGGUGACCCCCUCGGCCACGGCAGAGCUCACAGACCUGGGCAAGUGUCUGAUGAAGCAUGAGGAGGUCUGUACGGCGCUAUUGAUCACUGCCUUCAAUUCCCUGGCCUGGAAGGAUACUCUGUCCUGCCAGAGGACGACCACGCAGCUCUGCUGGCCUCUCCUCAAACAAGUGCUGACAGGGACCCUGCUAGCAGAUGCAGUCACGUGGCUCUUCACCAGCGUGCUCAGGGGCCUGCAGAUCCACGGCCAGCAUGACGGGUGCAUGGCUUCCCUGGUCCACCUGGCCUUCCAGAUCUACGAGGCGCUGCGCCCGAGAUACCUGGAGAUACGCGCGGUGAUGGAGCAGAUCCCCGAAAUGCAGAAGGACUCUCUGGACCAGUUUGACUGCAAGCUUUUGAACCCCUCCCUGCAGAAAGUGCCUGACAAGCGCCGGAAGGACCAAUUCAAGCGCCUCAAGGACCAAUUCAAGCACCUCAUUGCUGGCUGCAUCGGGAAGCCCUUGGGGGAGCAGUUUCGGAAAGAAGUCCACAUUAAGAACCUGCCCUCACUUUUCAAGAAGACGAAGCCAAUGCUGGAGGCAGACGUGCUGGAAAAUGAGAGCGUCCUGGCCACCAUCUUUGAGCCCUGAGUCAAGCUUCUGGGCAGCCUUCCUCGUCAUCUCUUCCUUCUCCUCUUAGCUAUUCUAGGUCCCCCUCCACUGCCACCUGCUUCCCCCAUUGCCCACCUGGAGGGUGAUCCAGGUGUGGAGCUGCGAGAACGGGCCCUCGUGUGGGCCAGAAGCUGGGACAACAGAGUCCGAGAAAGAGAGGGAAGGAGGGCCUCUGCCAUCCGGGCUGGAUCUUCUAGGUGUCUCCGAGGGAGAAGUUGGGGCAGAGCAGCCCUUCUCCCCAGGCCCUCCCACCCGUGCAGGGUGCUGGACCCAACACUGAGACCAGUGCUUACAGCCAGGGUUUCUGCUGGGUCACUGGAACCCCCGAGCCCCCUUGCCCACUGUGGCAUGUCUGGGUCAGAUGUCAAGUGCCGAAAUGAAUUUGGCCAGCACUCAUUUUCUUCAGAGCAAGUAUCUGGCCCUCUAAUGGGAUCCGUGAUACAGGCAACUACUACUAAGCCCUGAGCACGGUACCAAGCCUAGCACCUCCACAGCCAGGGCUUAGAGCUCUCACAUCUUGCCCUUCAACCAGUGAGCCCUGCGUCCACUCAGGCACAAGAGCCACAGCACCCUAUGUAGUGUCUCAUGACACCAUCAAGGAGGAUCCAGACCAACUAUGCUACAUCUGUGACGAGUAGCUGACAAAGCCACUGGUCUCUCCUAGGUGAGUCCAGGUGCCUUCAAAAAUUGCACGGUCUUUCAGGUCCCUGGUCACUCAUCCUAUUGCCCAACACCAAGAGCCUAUUGCCCAACACCACCUGCCCUGAGUCUCCAGUCCAUUCUGAAGGGCACUGGAAGGCGACCUGUAGAGGUAAAGUGGCCGCAAGAUCCUAGUGCUGAAGUGAUGUCACGCCCAUGCUCUACGUGGAAACAAAGCCUGCCAUCCACUGGCAGGGGGCUUCCAAGGGUGGGCACUUUCCUUUCCGUGCGGUCUCAUGUCGUCCCUGCCCCCCUACCGUCGGCGCCCUGGCGUGCUGUGUGGAGGUAGUCCCCCUGCAAACUUGACAGCCGCCUGAUGCGGGGCCGGGCCUUGGAAGGCAUAGUUGUAUUUAUUGUUGUAAUAUUUUUAACAUCCUGUGACUUCACGCUAGAAGUUUUCUAUUGUUUAUAGAUUUUUUUUGUAGAAACAUUAACUCUAAAGCACAUCUGCAUGUCAGUAAAAUUCUCAGUUUUAUAUA